AUGUAUCGGAAGUUGUCUAGGUUAGAACACUCGGAAAUAAAACAACUUCUUACAGAAGCUAACAUAGAAGUAGCAAAACAUUACGCAACAAACAAAAAAGCACUCGCUGACAUCCUCAAUGACUAUAAUGGUGCAAUAAGUUAUGAUAGAAUUCAUGAGUUCAUAAAGCCGCAACGCGGCGAGGACGAAGUCCACGCAAGAGCAUUUCCUUUAAAUGACGUUGCUAUUGACUUAUAUCAUAGACGUUCAGUACCUCAUGAAGUAAGAAGAGAAAUGUUUGACAUAACAAAUGCAAACGUUGGUGAAACAAGAAGAAGAGACGACACACUGAAACAACAGAGAAGAGAGAU